CCUGUCAGAGCACGCGGCAUGGAGGUGGACGCCGUGGAUUACGGCGAGGACUGGCGCGAUGAAGAGGUAUUCAAGGGCCGGCACGCAUGUUCGGGAGGCAUUGAAGAAGCGGGAGCACCGCAUCUGUCGCACAGAAUCCAUGGCGAUCCUCCUAUGUCGAGCUGGAAUCAGCGAUCCGCACUCGCCGCUCCUCUGUCCGCCAUGGAUUGCCGCAACUACGACGCUUCGGCUUAUGCCGCGCGCGUUUUGCGCGAGCGGAAGUUAGCCGGGAGCGUGAUCUACGCGGCGCUGCUCGUUCCGGGCGACCACGUCAGCAUGCCAGCUGGAGAGCUGGGGGACGACACGUGGUCGUCCACGUCAGCAGCGCCGCGAUUCGUCGCAUGCGCUUCGAGCAGCGGACGCGUGUCCGUGCACUCUCUGGCUUCUUUAGUCGCCUCGGAGCGCGGGCGUGCGCCAGGAGAGGACGGCGGCGGGCCUUGGGGGGGCGCGGGGGAGGGGGUGAGGCGCGUGGGGGAAGCGCAGCCUGUGGCGGCGGUGCAGGCGCACAGAGGGGCAGCGUUCGGGCUCAAGUCAUGCGCCAUGGGGGGACAGCCGCUGCUGUUCAGUUGUGGGGAUGAUGGUCGCGUUGCUGGCUGGCGGUGGGCCGACCUCCUUUCAAGUUCAGCCUCGGCUUCUGAUCAUGCAGCUCCCCAGGCGUCCCCGUGCGUUGACCUGGUCAACCCGCCCACCACGUCUCCAGCUGCUAGAGGCAUGGCCGUGGUGCCUGAAACCAAUGCCAUCGAUGCUGAUUCACAGGGGAACACCCUCUACAGUGCAGCAGGCAACGGGUGUGCAUAUGCAUGGGACUUGGAGACUCAAAAGCAGGUGUCUGAAUUCCGAGGCCACUCGGAUUACCUGCACUGUGUGGUGGCUCGGCCACACCACAACCAGAUCAUGACGGGGUCUGAAGAUGGCACGUGCAGAGUAUGGGACUGCCGGACUGCAACCACUGUGGUCUGUCUCAACCCCUUCACUGCGCGCCAAGUACCCCUCUCUUCCUCCUCUCUCUCUUCCUCCUCUCUCUCUUCCUCCUCACUCUCCUCCUCCUCCUCCUCCUCGCCGUGGGUCAGCAGCCUGUCAGUAGAUGCCUCAUCCACGUGGCUGCUCUGUGGCACGGGCGGCGGCACAGCGUCUCUUUUCUCCCUGCAAGCGCCUUCUUCUGCGCUGCUGCGUGUCUCUCUGGGCGCCCCUGUGCAUGCCGUGGCCAUAGGGAGGGAUACUGAGGAGAUACUAGUGGCAGGGGCCAGCCCUGCGUUGACUCGGUUGACUUUUGCCGGCCAGCUCAAGUCACAAACUGCCACGGCCACGCCGUCUAUCUACUCCCUUCACUCGCACGCACCCUCUCAGCUUGUGGCAGUGGGCGGGAGGGGGGGUACUGUUGAUAUAAUCACCAGCAUCGGGAGUCACCUUUGUACCUUCCAGUGCGCCUGAAUAUUAUCUAGGUAGGUAGGUAGGUAGGUAGGGUUGUAAGUAGGUAGCCCCUUGUUGGAUAUUCUGUUGUUGUUUUUGUUAUAGAAUUUGCGAACAUAUGGUAUUAUUCACACAAUUCCUU